AUGCUCGUCGAGCUGAAGAACGGCGAGACCCUCAACGGCCACCUUGUCAACUGCGACACGUGGAUGAACCUGACGCUGAAGGAGGUGGUCCAAACAAGCCCUGAAGGCGACAGAUUCACAAGAUUACCGGAAGCAUACGUGAAGGGAAACAACAUCAAAUACCUACGCGUACCCGACGAGAUCAUCGACAUUGUGAAGGAGCAACAAGCAAACCACCAGGGUGGAUUCCGGGGCGGACGGGGCGGCCAGAACCGCGGCGACCACGGCGGAAGGGGCGGAGAUCGGGGCGGCCGUGGGAGAGGCCAGGGUCGCGGGCGCGGAAGGGGAAGAGGAUAG